AUGUCCAGUAUUACAUUCUUACUUGUGCGGUCUUACCAUCUACACCGAAAAUGUUGUGCAUAUUUUUUCAUUGUAGGACUGGUCCUUCAAUUGACCCAUGGCCAUGCACUGGCCACGCAAUCCGGAGCAGAGCAACAGUUGAAUGAUAUCAGCCCGCUAAUUGUUGGCGGGACUGAUGCCGCCGACGGAGAGUUCCCCUACAUGGUUUCCAUUCGUUUGGGGAGCAUCCAUUUUUGUGGUGGGACCCUCAUUUCUGCCUGGACUGUUCUAACUUCCGCUUGGUGUUUGGAAGGAAGAACUGCAGAUUGGGUGACAGUACUUGCCGGAUCAAAUUCGAUCACCACUGGUGGUGUUGUGAGACCAGCUUCGGAAUUUGUUAUUCACAUUGGAUGGAAUAACGUAACUAGGGUCAAUGACAUCGCACUAAUUAAGGUUGGAAUUGUGUCGUACUGGACACCCAAUGAAUGUGCCCUAGGGCAACCAGUGGUUAAUAUUCGACUAACGGAAUAUCGAUUAUGGAUUCUGGCUAAUAUUUUGCAGUAAGACGGUCGCAUUGUUUAACUAUGUAAAUAUGUGCAGGAUUGAAGGACUCUUGUUAUUGUCCGAUACAAAAUUUUAUUUUAAACUUUUCGAACUUCUGAAGUAGUUCGUAAGCACUUCGUAUGGAAAGUAUUUGUAAAUUUGGAUUACAUUUUGUUGAGGUGUUCAUAUCCUUCUACACAAAUAAAUUGGCGUACUGUACAAGCAA